AUGGGUGUCAAAAUCGGUGUCUUCCCCGCCUCUGGGGCCCUUGGAUCAAGCAUUGUGAACCACUUAGCGAAACUAGUUCCAGAAUCAGACCUGAUUCUGAGUGCCCGACGCCCCGAGAAACUGCACGACCUCAAGCAAGCCGGCGCUACGGUACGCAGGGCCGAUUAUGAUGAUCCAUCGACAUUAGACACAGCGUUCGAAGGCGUAGAUGUCUUAAUGCUGGUUUCAUAUGCAUCAUUCGAGAUAGAUCACAGAGUCAAGGCACACCGUCUCGCGAUAGAUGCAGCCAUCAAGCGCGGCGUCAAGUACAUAUUCUACUCCUCUCUUGGAUUCGGUGGUGACCUGUCCGACCAGACCAUCGCUCAUGUGAUGGGCGCCCACAUCGAGACUGAGAAAUACCUCUCUUCCCUGCAGGACAAGCUGUCCUACACCAUUGUUCGCGAGGGAAUCUACACUGAAUCCUUCCCAAUCUAUACUGCAUUCUUCGACCCGAAGAACCCAGUGGACGAGGUGGCGAUCCCUCACUCGGGCUCAGGCCCAGGCGUGGCAUGGGUCAAGCGCGAUGAGCUGGGCGAGGCAACUGCUAAAUUGAUUUCCUCGUAUGUCAAUGACCCGACCAGCUUCGAGUAUUUGAACAAGGCUGUUCUGUUCUCUGGGUCUCGGGAGAUCUCUCUUGCCGAGUCGGUUGAGAUUAUCGGUCGGGCGAUUGGGAAACCGCUCAAGAUUCGUGAGAUCUCUGUCGAUGAAUAUGUGAAGCUUCCUCAGAUUGGAGAUAACCAUACAUACAAGGGGGUAAAUCUGUCGAGAGAGUGGGCUACAGCCUGGGAGGCUAUCAGGCGGGGUGAAGCUGCAGUUGUGUCUCCGGCUCUCCAUGAUAUCCUAGGGCGUGAACCAGAGAGCUUUGAAACUACUAUUAAGGCAUUAGUUAGAUGA